AACAGGAGGCCUUAGUGUGGGGGAGAGGGGGAGGUUGGGCGCGUCGCGAGGGCGGGGAGAGGGGGCGGAGGAGCUGCUCUCACAAUUGCUGUCCUCAGGGUUUCUUCUGAGAGCCUGGGGCCCAGAACCGAGUUGGGUCUGGGGGCCUAACAGACAGAGCUGUUUGCUCAGACGGAUUCGAGCAUCCCAACAACCCCAGUCGUCAAUUCCCUAGUUCCCUGCCUAGAGCUGCAGCUGUUCUCUGGGGACCAAAAACAAGCUCUCUCCCACUAGGUCCCCCCCAAAAAAAAAAUCUGGCCCAGUCCUAUUCGUGGCAGUGACCGGGAAUUAUUCACCCCGCCCGCCCCCUCCUCGCCCUCCAAGGGCAAGAGCCAGGGAAGUAGAGCAGUUUCCUCUCUUUAAGCGGUGUCCAAAAGGUUAAUGUCUGGGACACAGGGGUCUGAGUGACAGGCUCCAGUGACCUCUGACGAUGUCUCGGCAGCCAGUGGUCCCGGCCCCGGUUUUGGCAAUCCUCUUGCUCCUUCAGCCUCUGCCCCCCUCCAGCUCCCGUCCCCCCCCAGGCCCUGACUACCUGCAGCGAGGCUGGCAGCGGCUACUGGAUGAGGGAGAGGGCUGCGGGCCCUGCCAGCCGGAGGAGUGCCCUACGCCGCGGGGCUGCUUGGCCGGGCGUGUCUUGGAUGCGUGUGACUGCUGUUGGGAGUGUGCGAACCUGGAAGGCCAACUCUGUGACCUAGACCCAGACAGUCACUUCUAUGGGCGCUGCGGGGAGCACCUGGAGUGUCGGCUGGACGCAGGCGGGGACCUGCAGCGCGGAGAGGUGCCCGAGCCCCAGUGCCUCUGUCGCUCCACAAGCCCUCUAUGUGGUUCCGAUGGGCGCACCUACGCGCAGAUAUGCAGUUUCCAGGAGGCUGCUCGGGCCUGGCCACAGGCCAACCUCAGUGUAAUGCACCCUGGACCCUGUGAGACGGAGUCCCAAAUCCUGUCCCCACCUAGGGACGUAUGGAAUGUGACUGGGCAGGAUGUGAUAUUCGGCUGCGAGGUGUUCGCCUAUCCAAUGGCCUCCAUUGAGUGGAGAAAGGAUGGGACAGAGACACUGCUACCUGGAGAUGAUCCCCAUAUCUCUGUGCAGUUUAGGGGGGGCCCACAAAGAUUCGAAGUGACUGGCUGGUUGCAGAUUCAGGCUGUUCGAAUGAGUGAUGAGGGCACUUAUCGAUGCCUUGCCCGAAAUGCCAUGGGCCAGACCACAGCGCCAGCAAGCCUCACAGUGCUCACCUUGGACCAGCUGAACAACACGACUAUCCCCCUGCUUAAUUCUUGGAGCCCAACUCCUGAAGAGGAGGCUGACAGUGAAGAGGGGGAUGACUAUUACUAGACCCUGUGCCCACCUUCAAUGCCCUCACCAUGGCUUCCCUAAAAUAAUGUCCCACAAAUGGUUCCUGGACCAGUUACCUUAGCUAUCUUGAGCAAUGACGAUUCCCUCUCCUUUUCCCUUCCCAAAUGAUAUGGGCAGUGGAAGGCUGGGGAAGGUGUAGGACAUCUUACCCCUGAUUUCCUUGAGUUGGAGAUAUCAGUAACCAACCCCUUGGGGGUGGGGGUUAAGGGAGAAGUCCUUUAAGGGACUGAUCCCUUUCCUAUCCACCAGCCCAUAAAGAGGUGUCUUGAGGAACAAUGAUCUUCACUAGAGGCAGGGAACAAAAUGGUCUGAGGUCUUCUGGGUCCCUUGCUGGAGUGGCCUAAAUCGCAGAGGACAAAGGCUUGAAGGUAAAGGUGGCACAUAGGCACAGAACCAUGACAGUUACAGGAAUCUGGGAGAUAACCUAGUCCUGGAGCUGGUGGUGAGGACAGAAAUGGGCAAGGCCAGGGACUCCUGACUCCAUUCUGGGCCCUUUAAAACGCUCAACUUGGGGUGGAGGGAGAGGGCUAGGGCUGCUCUGCCUCCACUUUAUUCAAAGUGUCUUGACUCCCCAAAAUGCACAAACUGUCUUCACUCCUUUGAUCUUACACACUCCUCUCCUCACCAACACACACCUGCAUAUUUUUUCCUAUCUACCUCCUUUCCUUUCUGUAGCUGAUCCCUCCCUGAUGAAGCACCAGCAACCAUUGUCUUCUAUCCCACUCCCACAAGUUGUGUUUCAUAACUUAUUUGUGUCCAUGUCAUUUCUGCUAUUGUCUGUAUAGGUCUCAUUUCUUUUAUUACUUGUGUAAAUGUCUUAACCUUUCUUACUAGAUUGUGAGCUCUUAAAGGUCAGGCAAGGAAACCUCGAUGUAUAAUAUAUUCACCUUUGUAUUUCCACUCAGUUCCUAGCCUUGCAUAUGCAUAAAAAAAGAUGCUCAACAAACAUUUGUUGAAUGAAUAUGGUAAAUAUGCACAAACACAAAGGGACAUACAAA